AUGUCGGCUGAAACCCCAGUCACACUGAGUAUCGACCCUCAGGAUCUCCAGGUCCAGACAUUCACUGUGGAGAAGCUUCUGGAGCCUCUCAUAAUCCAGGUUACUACACUUGUAAAUUGUCCCCAGAAUCCUUCCAGCAGGAAAAAAGGACGUUCAAAGAGAGCCAGAGUCCUCCUAGCGUCCGUGGAGGAGGCAACUUGCGACCUGUUAGACAAGGGAGAGAAGAUCGCCCAGGAAGCCACCGUGUUACGGGCAGAGUUGGCCGCUGCGCUGGCGGAGGUUCGCAAAGAGAGUGAGUGCGCUAGGCCUGGACAGGAGCAGAGUGCAUUUCUUUAG